AUGGAUGACGCGACGGUGGAGGACGCGGGCGAGACGACGGCGACGGCGACGGCGACGGGAGCGCCGAAGACGUCGGAUUUCACGGAACGCGCCAAGUACAUCCCGAUGCGAUUGACGCCCGAGGAGAGGAAGGCGUUGCGAUUGUUAGAAGCAGCGUUGCACGUGAGCGAGUACACAGACGUGGUUGAUGUGUUUUCUUAUAAAUCGAAAACGCAGCGCAUCACGAGACAGCUGAAGGAGAUUUGCGCGAUCAUGUGCGGCCUAGUUGUCGCCACGGACUAUCGUGCGGGACAAAAGCUCAUCAUAGACAAGGAAUUCAAGGAUAACGAAGAGUUCUUUCAGUACGUGUUCGAGAUCGGACGGCGACACAAGGUUAUGAAUCCAGAGAAGAUGCGAACCGAAUACGGGAAGCUCGUAUUCUUGUUACAAGAUUCUCAGAGUCCAGACGUUCAAGAGUUGCUCGAUUUCAAGCUCGUCAAACCUUUGAAGACGGUUUACACGUUUUUGAAGGAGCGCGGGGGUGAAAGUUUGCUUGCCGAUAGCCUCAUGGAAACGGCAACGUCGGAGAUCAUGCACGAAGGUUUGCCGCGUCACGAGGUGCAAAAGAUGAUCAAGAAGAAAGAACGCGCGAGAGAAGUCAUCGCGAGCAAGUACUCCUCGGUCUCGCUGAGCAAGGAAGACGUCCUACAGUGUUUGUACUCCGUCAGUGAUAACAACGCGUAUUUGCGAUUCAAUCGCGAUCCCGUUGAUCGAAUGCUUGAGAUGUUGACGACGCACUUUGAUCCGUCAACUCCGGAAAAAGGAUACGGUUUGGGCAUCACGAUGGGCAUGGGCGGCGCGCGUUUAAGUCACAAUCACCAGCGUCAAUACACGUAUUGCGCGCAGUCGAUGACGCUUUGGCGCGAAGUUUUAAACGACAUGUUUAGACUUUGGUACCUCGCAGAGAGCGAUUUACUAUGCGAAGGUAAUCGUUAUUCGCUCUCCAAUACCGGCCAAGGCUUGAACCGAGUUCAACACUGCCCGCGAGUCGGCAAGGCGAUGUAUGGCGUCUUGGCGACGUGCCAGCAAAAGUGUGGCGGAUGGGUCGGGAGCUCGGUCGUGCACCUCGGGGACCACAACGUGCCUAACGCCUUGGUCUUCAUCGACAAGUACAGUCAAGUCUCGCGGAUUCUCAACCCGAUCGUCCUCGUCAUCCAAGAGCUUCCGAACCUAGCCAAAGACCCGGGUCUCAAGGCAUACAUCGAUACUCAAUUCGGUAGCGUCGAGGCGUGUCAAAAAACCAUUCUCGCCGAUUUCUUCAGGCACGGUUUCGACGGCAGUGGCAGCGAUAACUUCUUCGACGCCGGCUCGUGCAUCGACGGCCGUCUCACGUCGGCGUGGAACUGGUGCUCGAAAAUAGAAAAGAAGUCAUACUACCCGGUUUUCAAGCUCGCCGGUUUCUCCGGUUUCGACGGCGGCGACUUUAGAUCAUGA